CAAAAACGUUGUUCAAUUUCAGAAAAGGUCUACAAUAUCAUAGUUUGCAUCCUCACUAUUAUCUUCUUUCGACAAUCGGUUCAAUCCGAUAUUGGAGGAAAUAAACCAGUGGGGCCAACUAAUUGAACAGAAAUCCAAUAUCCUGGCCUCCAAAUGUUCAAUUCAGGCCGAGGAGAAUGCAGUCGGCCGCUAUACCAAUCUUAUACAACGUCUCCAGCUUAUGUCAAGCACAAGGGAAAACAUCAACUUCGAGAGAAAACAUAAGCUCUUGUUAGCGCUGUCUCCCGACCAGGGGAGAUAUGAGACAUAUUGGCGCCGUCAAAGGCGCAAAGGAACGUGCUCUUGGGUUUUCAGCACUACAGCAUAUCGCUCAUGGCAACAAAAGAAUUCCUCCUGCAUACUAUGGCUGAAUGGCAGUAUCGGAAGUGGAAAGACAGUAACAAUGGCCAACAUUGUUGGUGAUAUUCACCUAAAGCAGCCAGCUAUCUAUUUCUUCUGCAUGCCAAAAGACCCUGACUCUCUGAGAGCUGCCAAAAUUCUCGGCAGCAUAGCUCACCAGUUUUUCAGCAACAUCCCGAUAAAAAAUUCAUUUUGGAAUUUACUCAAUCCCGAGGCAAUUACGACGAAUACGUCGACAUGCGACGGGAUUAUUGAUCUGUUAUUGCAAGGGAUGGGCCCAAAUGAGAAGCACUUCAUUGUUCUCGAUGGACUUGAAGACUGCAGUGACGAGGAGGCAGAAGACAUCACGCGAUCGAUCCAAUCCUUAAUGGAAAGCAGGAGAAUCAUGCUGUGCUCCGCUAGCCGACCUGAAUCUAAUAUCCAGCAAAAGUUCGCCUCCAAUAUCCAGGAGGGCAAUUAUAUCUCUGUCACAAUGAGUAAUGAGCAAAGGCUUGGGGAAAUCAAGGAUUUCAUCAACGUUGAGGUUGACCGACGAACACAAUCAAGACAACUGGAUAGAGAAUUAGUAACUCUGAUCAAAACGCAGCUGAUUGCGGGCGCUCAGGGGAUGUUUCUAUGGGUCACCUUACAGCUCGAAGCCGUCCUACCGUCUAUCUUUCCAACAGCCGUCUCGCCAGUAGAUAUAUGUCGUAUUCUGAACAGUUUACCUAAGGAUCUUCCAGAGGCAUUCGAUCAGGCUCUCUCUAGGAUUCGAGAUAAUCGACACGGAAACAAUCAUUUUAAAAUCGUUGCAGUUGCUGAUCCGCCCCUCACAUUGGAUGAAUUCAGGGUUGCUCUUACUAUCGUCCCUGGAGAAACAAUCUGGUCGCCCAGAAGACUCCUUCCGCCUACCCUGGCGGCUGUUCACCUCUGUGGUGGAAAUCUUAUGGAAGUCGACGAAGAAGACGGGCGAGUUAAUUUCGUUCAUCAUAGCGCAUUGGUUCAUCUUUUAUCUACUCCCACUCAUCCGGGUACAGCGCCGUUCCACUUCUCACCCGAAGAAGCCGAGAUAUAUAUGGGCUCCGUCUGUGUCACGUAUUUGGACUAUGAGAUAUUUGACCAUAGACUUGUGACAGGACAUAAGAUACAAGCAGGUAAAAUCGUCGACAGGCUCACGGAUGAGUUCGCCUCAACACAUCAUGUGCCAGACCUAAUAAAACGUCACAUUACCCGGCACCGCUUCAAAGCAUCACCUCAUGACGUCGACGUUCUCCGGGUCGCCCGAGAUUUACUACAUAGUCGUUUCGAAGACGUUGAGCUUUCGAAAUGUCUCUUACCGUAUGCUUCGUCACAUUGGCUAGACCAUACCCGACUCUUUAGCGAGGCCAUGGAAAAAGGAGUCUGGGCAUGCUGGAAGAGGCUGGUAAGUGGCCAGCGAGGACACGCUGCUCCGCCAUGGACUCUUCCAGACUCUCACCAAACGAUGAUUCAGUGGGCCGCAAUGAAUUCCCACGCAGUUCUAUUCCGCUACUGGCUGCAUACGGAGAAUGUUCAAGCGGCAGACUUGAAGCGACUCAUGGAGCUGACCAGUGUAACCCCCGAGGUGUUGUCAAAAAUAGGGCCCUAUGGACUAGACGAUAUCUUGGCUCAGUGCAUCAUACUACGCGUAGUAGACUGGGAGGUCAUCAAUUAUUUCUUAAACGUCGGGGCAAGCCCAACAAAAGCACAUCAUCAAACGGGCCAUUCGCCGAUACAACUCCUGAUGAGCGGACACGCGACCCCUAUUUGGACGAUUGAGAUGAUAGAACCAAUGGUUUGGGACUUCAUCUGCCACCCGGCAGUUGUUGACUCGUUUCGAGGUCAGAACCUUAAUUCAUCACUUAUAACGGCGAUUGGCUGCGAGUGGGAUAAAGUAGCCAGGCAGCUUAUAAAACUGGGAACAAAUAUUCUCACCGAAUCUUGGACAGACUCGCCUUUAGGAGCAGCAGUUCGAAUUGGAAAUAUAGCUCUAGUGGAAGAACUCAUAUACCAUGGCGCAGAUGCCUUUCGAUCUUGUUUCGACGGGAAGCCGGUAAUCCAGAUUGCUCUCGAAGCUGAAAGGGCUGACUUAGUCGAAAUUCUCGUGAGGGAACCAGACGUGUUGGAUGAAACAAGAAUAUACGGACUACCGUUAUUACAUCUAGCAAUUUUACAAGGAAACGUCCAUAUUGUGACCUCCUUGCUGAACGCUGGAGCAAACCCCGAGGAAAAAUGCUACCGCCUGAACCGCAUCUAUCACGCGAUAUUGUCUCCUCAACCCGCGGUCACUGGCGUGGACAAACAUGCUACAUCUAUGGAUUAUUAUCUCCGUCAAAUUAGUACCGAGUUUGAUUUUACACAAGGCAAGACACCGCUGAUCCUUGCUAUUGAAGCAAGAAGGUCGACUAUAGUAGAGAUACUACUUAGGUCUUGCACUGGAACAUCAAGAAACGAGGCGAGGGCCACCGCGCUUCGCCUAUUUUUAUCCACUAAACCAAAAAGAGAACACCCAACCUUGGUAUAUGGAAAAGCUGAAGAGGCUGCAAUUAUCACAUCGCUAAUCAAGAACAUACCCGGCUCCAAUAUAAGAGUCCGGGAAGCUCUUGAAUUUGAGGGAGUCCAACUACUGCAUAGCCUUGCCCGAUGGGGACACGUCAAUGUCAACAUUUUGUUAGAAUUAGGAUUCGAGGCCGACAUCCUCAGCAACGAUGGACGAACCCCAUUGUAUGAUGCAAUUGCGGCUUUUCGCAACCACCAAAACACUGUCCUAUUAGACCGGACCGCGGUACCACUUCUUCGUGCCGGGGCCAAUCCAAACAUCACUGUCAAGGGCAUAUCGGCAAUGGAAUUGGCCGUGGAUUGCGAAGGCGCCGAAGCUCUCAACGCGCUACUGACCUAUGGAGCAGACCCAGCCACUAGAUCGGGUAGUGGAAGCACGCUUCUUCACCAAGCGGUGAAACAAGGUCGCAUGAGCACAACCGAGACCUUGCUGCGCUAUGAUACAAGGGACAAUGACGUCGGGAUUAACGAAGAGGACUCUGAAGGCCGUAGUCCUCUACAAGUUGCCGUUCGACAAGGGCAUACCGAGAUAGCAAACCUACUCCUCGAGCAUUACGCGGUGCUGAAACCAAAUUUCUUACAGAUGGCAGUUGAGGGAGUAAGGCUCGGAACCAACGACAUUCGCCUUGUCAAGAUACUAUUAAACGCCGGCGCGAAAUGCGUCGACGAAAGCGGAGAAUCAAUUCUGGCUCUGGCUUUCGAGAGAGCGCUCCACGUAGCGAAUAUGGUGACCGAUCCUGUAAACGUGAAACUACGUGGGCUACUGAGGGACAUGCUUAGGGUCUGCGAGCUCUUGGUUGAUUACGGCGCGGAUCCUAAUGUUGUUGUCUACCAUGAGCCGUGUCUCGUCCAUUGCUUGCGACACUGCUGGUGUGGCUUCACAUUGAAGCUACUCCGGAAAGGGGCCAACAAGGAACUCGCUCGAGAGUUCCGCCGUCGGGGCGAUAGUCUGGCGUUAUAUCCACAUUGCCGCUCGCCGAAUACGGACGUUGAUUUUAAAUGGGAAACAUGGUAUAUUAUUACGGUAUUACUUUAUACCGAAUAAAACGAGACUUGACAUGUUUAAAAAUACAAAAGAAUUAUACCAAUAUAUAUAUUUAAAAAAAAGCUUAGUUAAAAUCCUUCGAUACACAUAUCUAUUUCAGUGGGAAAAUGAUAAUAGGAUUCCACGUUGGCUGGAUGCCUGGAUUUUCAAGAUAUUUGUGUUUGGAAAAAGAUCCCUAAUGAAAGCGUUGGCUCCCAGGGGUAUCCCGUGAUACCCCUGAGCUUCAAUCUACCUAUACAUUAGUGGGGGCGAGGAGCAGAACUGUGACGCCACUUAACAUCUUCCCUAAGCUGUACUAGGUAGGGGCUGAGCUUCCUUUGAGUAGCGACAGAUCAGGCUUGAGUAAAACGGUAAGAGAUGCUGCGGAGGAUUAGGGGUC